AUUGUGCCCACGCGCCUAUUCCAGCACUAGCUUAAAGAAACAUCAAUUUCGUUUUGUUUUGUUUAUCUAUUUUGUUUCGUUUUAUAAUAAGAGAAUGCAGCCUUUUAUCGUGAUACGCAAUUACCGGGAAGAUGAUGAAUUCAAGUGCCAGGAUCUGGUGCGGGACUACAUUAUGUCGUUCUCCAACAAAUCCUUCUUCGCCCUGAUGUUCCGUGAGAUUACACUUCAGUUCAUAGUCAUCACAUGGGCGAUAUUCUUCAUAUUUCUGGGCGUGCCACUGCUCUUCUGUACCCUCUCGGUACCCGGAUGCAUCUUAUUUCUCUUCACCAGCACGUACUUCUCCUUCUACGCCAAGGCUAUGGAGCUCAUGAAGGUGAAACCCUCCCAGUCCUUGGUGGCAGAGUGCUACGAGCCAUUCAUUUUUCGCUGUUCCCCCAAGGAGGCCAGCUAUGAGAUCUUCGUGGAGAAUUGCCCAUACGAUGAGGAGUACAAAAGGAAAUUCCGUUGUCGAAUUGUGGCCGCGAUAAGUGUAAAAAAUCACCAUGCUGUGUACAAUGCGGCUUGGAUUUGUCGCUUUGCAAUUGCUCCGGACUAUCCCUAUCAAAAGAUCAUGGAGCCCAUGAUCAGUCUUGUAGCGAAGAAAUGCGCCACAGGUGGUUAUGGCUCGCUAGAGUGCACCAUUUCCGAGUGGCAGGAGAAUGAACGCGAAUUCUAUGACGAAUUUGGCUUUGUCACGCGUCAGAUUUACCACAAGAAGAUCAUUGGCAGCAGUCUUACGGUGAUGAAGACACAAUUAACGUACAGUUUACGCAAUGACGAUGGCAUCCAGAAGCGAAAUUAGGACGAUGCGAGUGCAAUAUAUGUAUGUAUAGAGAAUCUCGAUAAACUGUGACAUGUACUAGUUCAAUAUUUAUACAUUAAUUCUGUUGACUUUUCACAUUCCGAAGUUAACUCGAA